AUGUCAUGGGCGUCGUUUCAUGUCCUCGAGGUCAUGUCCUCUCCCAAGUACGCCCAGAAGCGUGUGGGCUACUUGGGCGCUGUCCAGAGCUUUCGCACUGACACCGAAGUCCUCAUGCUGGCUACCAAUCUUCUGAAAAAGGACUUGAACGCUGCCGCGCCGACCGUCAUGUCCUUGCCGAUCGCGACGCUCCCUCACGUCAUCACGCCCUCGCUUGCGCUUUCGACCCUUGCCGACUUGCUACCUCGGCUGAGCCAUAGUCAUGCCAACAUUCGAAAGAAGACGCUUGUCACGCUGUACCGACUUGCUCUCGUAUACCCCGAAGCGCUCAGAGCGGCAUGGCCAAAGAUCAAAGAGCGGCUGAUGGAUGCAGAGGAAGACCCCAGUGUCACGGCAGCGAUUGUGAAUGUCGUCUGCGAACUUGGUUGGCGCCGGCCUCAUGACUUUUUACCGCUCGCGCCGAGGCUAUUUGAACUCCUGGUUGACGGAGGCAACAAUUGGAUGGCUAUUAAACUGAUCAAGCUGUUUGCGACCCUGACACCACUCGAGCCUCGACUUGUCAAGAAAUUGCUGCCACCACUGACGAAUAUCAUACGCACUACUCCAGCUAUGUCGCUGCUAUACGAGUGCAUCAAUGGCAUAAUUCAAGGCGGAAUUCUUGGGAGUGCUGAUGAUACAGAUACCGAAGAAAUCGCUACUCUUUGCGUCAACAAACUGCGAGGCAUGAUUAUCAUGAAUGGUGAUCCAAAUUUGAAAUACGUCGCCCUCUUGGCAUUCAACAAGAUUGUCCUUACACACCCAUAUCUUGUAUCCCAGCAAGAAGAUGUCAUCCUUGAGUGCAUCGACAGUCCAGACAUCACGAUCCGAAUCCAGGCUCUCGAUCUUGUUCAGGGCAUGGUUACUAGCGACAAUUUGGUAUCUAUUGUCAGUCGACUGAUGCAACAGCUGAAAUCUGCCACUCCUUCAAAGGGAAAGCUCGAUGCUGUAGUGGACUCAGCAGACGCAUCGGCAGACUCUGACGAGGACUCGCAGAAUGCUGCUAGCGCAGCAUCCAACAAGAACGCGAUGCUUAUUCCCGAGGACUAUAGAAUCGACGUUAUUGGGAGAAUUCUAUUUAUGUCUUCCAAAGACAACUAUGCCAAUAUUGUCGACUUUGAAUGGUAUAUCGAUGUUUUAACCCAGCUUGUUCGCAUGACACCAGUACCACGACUAGCCGACGGGGAUCUGGAGGCUGCUACAAAUAGACGAUCUGCUGCCGGCGUAUCGGAGAAGAUUGGAAACGAACUACGAAACGUUGCUGUCAAAGUCCGAAUUAUGCGGCACUCUGUUCUGAGGGCUUCAGAGAGUAUAUUAUCGCAGCUUAUUGCGGACACCCCAGCGGGACACUCCAUCGCAUCUGAGGCACUCAAGUCAGUUGCUUGGUUGCUGGGCGAAUAUUCUGAUAUGCUGUCCGCGCCAGAUGAUACCAUGAACUCAUUGCUACAGCUUACGACACGCAACACCAAGCCCGACGUUGCAGCUGUUGUGGUUCAUGCCAUCGCCAAGGUCUUUGCGUCCUUGACGGGAAGCGAAUCGGAUUUGUGGGCGGCGGAGAGAAAGUCGAGGACCUUGUUGUUGCUAGCGCGUAUACUACACUCCAUGGAGCCCCUUACUUCAAACCCCAGCCUCGAAGUUCAGGAGCGUGCUGUUGAAUUCACAGAGCUGUUUAAACUGACCGCUGAAGCGGCUUCAGGGCAGCCUGCGUCAACGGCCGAGGAGCCACAAGAUCCGCCGCUGUUGCUGACGCAAGCUAUUCCAUCGCUGUUUAACGGAGGUGAACUGAAUUCGGUUGCAGCAGGUGCUCAGUCAAAUGUGCCAGUUUCUGACGGACUGGACUUGGAUGAGCCAAUCCAUUCCAAUCUCAAUCAUCUGUUAGCCAAAGCUGACAUUAUCGCUCUUGCUGCGGAUGAGUCGGAUGAGUUUGAAGUUUACUACCAUCAGAGGCCGGCACCUACGAGUGUCUCAUCCUCAGCUCCUGCCAUCAGCCUCCUUGCUGAACCAGACACGAAUGUCGGUGCAUCCUACCAGCAGCCUUCCGAAGAUAGCUAUCUGGACGCCGACAUUGUUGCUCGACGGAAGGCGGAAAGAGUAGACCGAAACAAGGACGACCCAUUUUAUAUUGGCAGUGACAAUACUCCGCCAGCCUCAAACUCCAUUCACAAUAUUCUUCAAAAUAGCAACGGGCCAGAUCUCGAUCUUGAUGCGAUUCCUGUCAUGCAGCUUGACCUCGACAAACUAAAUGCACCAUCGCCGACGACUUCGAAACGCUUACCAGCAAAGCCACGACAGCGCGUCGUGAUUGCUGCCGACGAGACCCUCCAGGGCGGCGACAGCUCACCCGGCCACUGCGAGUCGGAAAACAACUCCGACUCCGUUGCGGCACGGGGUAAAGCGAAGAAACUCAAGCAGUCCCUCCUCCAGGUGAGCUCGAGCGCCCUUGGCUCUCUCAAUCUCGAGGGCGAGCCGCGGGGCGGCGGGUUCGACCACGAGCAACAGCAGCGUGAAGAGGCGGAGAUGCAGCAGGCCAUGCAGGAGGUGGAGCGCUUGCGCCUGGAGAUGCAGCGCGCCAACGAGCGUAUCCAGGUCGCGCAGGGCGUCGACGUCGAGGGCAUCGUGGUCAAGAAGAGGAAGAAGAAGACACUGACGGCGCCGGGCGUGGAUGCUGGGGGUACCCCGGGCGUGGAAACGGUGGUGGCGAAGAAGAAGAAGAAACCCAAAAAGGUCGUUCCUGAGCAAGGCUCUGGCGAACAAGGUGCGGGUGAUGCCGAAGUAGGUGUGGUUGCGCCGAAGAAGAAGAAGAGGACGACGAAAAAGCAACCAGCGGCUGCGGCUGCGGAUGCGGAAACGGGCGACGCGUGA